CGUCCUGUAAAAGUGAUCACUACAAAGUCCGUAACACUGGAUUAUGCCUCGGCCUUUAUACUACAUGUGAGAUCUUUCUAGUCUCAUGAGAGUCUUGAAGCUUCUCUGUAACUUCGAUCACUGAUUUAAUCUACAGGCGACCUAAAUGGCAAAUGUUCCGAAGAUCGGGAAGGCUAUCUAUAAAGGACCAAGCAUAGUCAAAGAGAUAUUAUAUGGAAUAGCACUAGGCAUUGCGGUUGGAGGGCUGUGGAAAAUGCAUCAUUGGAACAACCAACGACGAACGAAGGAGUUCUAUGAUUUGCUUGAGAAGGGAGAGAUCAGUGUUGUCGCGGAAGAUGAGUAGUACUCGUGAUGGCAUUUGUUAUGUUACCCAAUACGAAUUCAAGAUCAAGACCCGUUAAGGAAUGUGUCUUAGGUUGUUGUGUCAUGGAAUGAUUGUGUUUUUUCAAUAAAUAUUAGAAGAAACAAUGGGAGGUUAUAAAAUGUCGGAUAUAUAUGUUGAAAGAGUUAGUAUUUUGUUAAUAAAAGGAUAUAUUGUUAAUUCA